AGAAAUAUUACUGUCAUUGAAUAAUUGACGGCUCCGAACAAAGGGAAUGCAGUGAUUAAAGUAAUUUUGCUUACCAAUCAAAGUUGAUAAACACUCACAUUGAAGCAUUUAUUUCAAAUGGUUGCAGAUUAUGUCUUAAAAACUCUUUCAAUACAAUCUUAUUCAUUUGGUGAUAAAAAUGAGUUGAAAAUACAAAAUCUGUAGCUUUUCAACGAUAAAUCAAUAUUUAACAGUGUCUAAUAACAUCACCCACCAUGAAAGGACAAAACAAAUCAUGGAAACGUUAUUCAUCAUGUGUCACCUUAAAUCAUUGUUUAUUAACAUUCCUGAUCGUUAUUUCAUCCGUCAAUUAUUCCCAUGGUUUUUGGGGUUGGUUGGCUUUCUGGUCAUCAGAAGAGGAUGAUUCUGUGAUUUGUGGUGUCGGUGAGUUUAGUUGCGACUCUAAACGGUUAUGUAUUAGACCGCACUUGAUUUGUGAUGGAAUCAAUGAUUGUGAUGAUGGAUCAGAUGAGCUUUCAUGUCCAAAUGUAGCUUCAAUAGUUGAUCCAGCUCCAGAUUGUAUGAAUGGCGAAUGUCCUCGGUCAUACAAAAAUAAAGCGAUUCCACCUCGCUGUGAUGAAUGGGAUUCUAGAAAUGUAGCAUGUAGGCAUCACAAAGGAAAACCUUUGAUCGCCUUUUCCACAUUGGAUGGAUUGUAUGAGACUAGGUUACCAGUAGAUCGUGUAAAAAUACAUGUAAACAAGACACUUCGAUUUGAUUUGAGUGGAAUAAGUGCUUUUGAUUACGAUAAUUUCGACGAUCUUUUAAUUUGGUUAGAUGAGAAUGAAAACAAGAUAUUUUGGGGGAAAUUUGUCCAAACCAUUUCAACUGCUAAAGUUAGAAUGCUUGGACGUCAAGUAUCUGUUAAUGGGACACAUACAAUUCAUGGAUUCACUUAUGAUUGGAAGAACCAAGCUUUAAUCUGGAUUGAUGACUAUGGAAUCAGAUCAAAAAGAUUGUAUUAUGAGAUGGAGCAAACUAAACUUUACCUUACUUUGGAUCCUUCUUAUGAUAGACUUGGCUCUAUCACUAUCGAUGCGAAGAAACGUUUCAUCUUUUGGACAAAUAUUGGUGCCAAUCCAAAGCGACCUUUUGAUUUUCCUGUGUACAUCGAGCGAAUCGAUAUAAGUGGUGAACCUAAAACCAAAAAAAUAGUUGAAACAAACAUCUUUAGUCCAGUUGGCUUAGCCAUCGACACUAAACAAACCAAAGUCUAUUGGAUUGAUAGUUUAUUUGGUACGUUGAACUCGGUCGGAUAUGAUGGAACCAAUCGUAUCACUUUGUAUAGAUCUUUGUCCAUAAGUAGUCAAGUUAUAUCAAUGGACAUAUUUUCAAAUUAUUUGUACUUCACUGACAAUGCAAACAGUACAAUCCAACGUAUCAAUAUAAACAAUGCAGUCAGUAAAGUUGAUACAUUGGUAUCUGUAGCUAAUGGGCCACCUACAUGGGUUAAAAUAAUUGAUCCGAGAGUAAUGUGCUCUUCCCGGCCAAAGGGAUUUGAUUCAUGUAUACAAGAAACUAAUUAAAAGACAAUUUUUUGUUCGAACGA